GCUGUGACCCACCCGUUCCCGGUUGCUGCGUGCGGAGGGUGAAGUAGGGUGCUAUGGAGCUGCUGGGGAAGAACCGGUCCGAGACCCUCAUCGAGAUGGCUCUGACUGCCGACGAUGAGCUUGUGAUUCUCACCAGGUUCAAGCCAUCACCACCAGAAGGGGAAGAAUGCAAUGGACCUUUAUGUGAAACUAUUUCAACUGCAGGAUCAGAAGUCCCUAGCAGCUCUGAGGGCCUAAACAGCACUGAGACUACUUUACUCAUCCCUGAACAUCAAGUGAGUGGAAGAAGAUAUAAUCUGUUCCUGAAGCGACGUCUCAGGAUUGAUAAAAGACAUCAAAGCAAAGAUUCUAUUUUCUUCAGGGACGGUGUCAGGAGAAUUGAUUUUGUUCUCUCCUAUGUGGAUGAUCUUAAUAAGGAAUGGGAAAAAAAGUUGGAAAGAAGAAAAGAAUUUGAGAGCAAUCUGCAGAAGGCUGGUCUGGAAUUAGAAACAGAAGACAAGAAGGAAUCUGAAGAUGGCAAGAUUUAUUUUGUGAAGAUCCAUGCCCCGUGGGAGGUUCUGAUCACAUAUGCAGAAGUGCUGAACAUCAAAGUUCCCAUCAAGGAAAAUGACAUUCCCUCAAUGGUGGAGAACCCUCUGGACUGCAUGCUUGCACCACUCAGGCUUCCUGAGAAGGUGAUGCACCCUGAACCGGAUUAUUUCACAGCACCAUUCAGCAAGGAUAAGCAGGAGCUGUACCUCAUUAAUGACGAGAACACUUUCUUUUCACCAUCCAUGAGAAACAGAAUAGUGAAUUACAUCCUUACACGUUGCCCAUAUGGAACAGAAGAAGGCAAGAAGAAAUUUGGAAUUAAGAGACUACUAAAUAAUGGCACCUACUCAGCUGCAUAUCCUCUUCAUGAUUGCCAGUACUGGAAAAAGGCAAAUGAUCCAAACUGUGACAAUGAGAGGUACACACUGUACAUGGAGUGGGCCCGUUUCUUGCGGUUCUACAAAGAACAGCCUUUGGACCUUAUCAGGAAGUAUUACGGUGAGAAGAUUGGAAUCUAUUUUGCCUGGCUAGGAUUUUACACAGAGAUGUUAUUCCUUGCAGCAGUCGUUGGCUUGAUCUGUUUUCUUUAUGGCUUGUUUACGAUGGAUGAAAAUAUGAGCAGCAAAGAAAUCUGUGACCCUGCAAUUGGAGGAGAGAUCAUCAUGUGCCCUCUUUGUGACCGAGAGUGUGAGUACUGGAGACUGAACACCACCUGUGAGUCCUCAGAGUAUUCCCAUUUGUUUGACAACGUGGCCACUCUGUUUUUUGCCAUUUUCAUGGGCAUAUGGGUUACACUUUUCUUGGAGUUUUGGAAGAGACGGCAAGCUAGACUGAAAUAUGAGUGGGAUUUGGUUGAUUUUGAAGAGGAACAGCAACAACUCCAGCUGAGGCCUGAGUAUGAGGCAAAAUGUACCCAGAAGAAGAAGAACCCUGUUACUCAGGAGAUGGAGCCUUAUUUGCCUAUAACUAGCCAGGCUGUGCGGUUUUGCAUCUCAGGAACUACAGUGUUGUUCUGGGUGUCUCUGAUUAUAGCUAGCAUGAUUGCAGUGAUUGUAUAUCGCCUCGCAGUGUACGCUGCCUUCGCCAGCCUCAUGGAGAACACGCAGACUCUGCAACCCGUCAGUGGGUUACUGACCCCUCAGCUGGCGACUUCAGUCACAGCCUCGUGCCUGAAUUUUGUCAUCAUCAUGAUCCUGAAUUUCUUCUAUGAGAGAAUAGCCAUCUGGAUUACUGACAUGGAGAUACCAAGAACUCAUAUGGAAUACGAGAACAGGCUCACUAUGAAAAUGUUUUUGUUCCAGUUUGUCAACUACUAUUCAUCCUGCUUCUAUGUGGCCUUCUUCAAAGGGAAAUUUGUUGGUUAUCCAGGUGCCUACACAUAUAUGUUUAAUCGCUGGCGAAAUGAGGAGUGCGAUCCUGCAGGCUGCUUGAUAGAAUUGACGACACAGCUCACCAUAGUCAUGGCUGGCAAACAGAUCUGGGGAAAUAUUCAAGAAGCCAUUGUACCCUGGAUUUGUAACUGGUGGGGGCGCCGGAAAGCUAGAAAUAAUCCAGAAAAUUUAUACAGUCGCUGGGAGCAAGACCAUGAUCUGCAGACAUUUGGAGCUCUAGGCCUGUUCUAUGAAUAUCUAGAAAUGGUCAUUCAGUUUGGAUUCAUUACUCUCUUCGUGGCAUCUUUUCCCCUGGCUCCCCUCCUUGCUCUGAUGAAUAAUAUCCUGGAAAUACGAGUAGACUCCUGGAAAUUAACCACCCAGUAUAGGAGACCUGUGGCUGCAAAAGCACAUAGCAUAGGAGUUUGGCAAGAAAUCCUGAAUGGAAUGGCCAUCUUGUCAGUCGUCACUAAUGCUUUUAUUGUUGCAUUCACAUCAGAUAUGAUUCCUCGUUUAGUUUACUACUAUGCUUAUUCUGAAAACGAAGACUCGCCAAUGUCUGGAUACAUAAACAAUAGCUUGUCAGUGUUUCAAAUCUCAGAUUUUCCUGACAGAAAUAAGCCUAAAGUGAAUCGAGAAGACUUUGUCAUAUGCAGGUACAGAGACUAUCGAUACCCUCCAGAUCAUGAGAGGAAAUAUUUACACACUAUGCAGUUCUGGCAUAUUCUUGCUGCAAAACUGGCCUUUAUAAUUAUUAUGGAGCAUGUUGUAUUCAUUGUCAAAUUCUUCGUAGCAUGGAUGAUUCCUGACGUCCCUGCGGACGUGAAAGCCAAAAUAAAACGUGAAAAAUAUUUAACACAGAAAAUCCUGCAUGAGUAUGAACUUGAAAAACUGAAGGAGAGACUGUGUCAAGGUGAUAAACGAGCCACAGAGAAAGAGUUCAUUGCCACAGAAGGGAGAAUGGAGUUAUCCAGAGCCAUGUAGUUGAAAAAACAGCUUUUUGGGAUUUAGCUCGUUUCAGCUUUUUUUUUCAUCUGUGAUUUGCUCAGUACACAUCAUGUUGAUGUGUUUCAACAAAGGUUUCAGCCCUUUGCUUUCAGUCCAAAGAUUUUAGACUUUGCUCUAAAAGCCUCACUGAGCAUUCUAGGUUUAGGAAAUCUACUUAACUGUAUGAUUUCACCACUGUUUUCUAUUUACCCAUCACUUUGGAUAAGAAGCAUAAUUUUGUCAUCCUCAAAUUUGGAUUAUCCAAUAUAGAGAACAUUACCCUCAAAGGGCUUACAGGGCAGGGUAAGGUCAUGGUGGCCAAGCAUCCCCACUUGUUGCUCAAUGCAGAAUUCCAGGAUGAUACAAAAGUAUCCAAGCUGAACAAAACGGCUUAUCAUAGAGGAAUCCUGCUGUGGAAAAUACUGACAAGUAGUAUUUUUAUGACAUGAUCUUCUAAACAGGAGAACACUCCAGAUGAAAGGGUUAGGGUUUGGGGCUUAUUUUUUUAUCUGCUAUGUCUUAGAAAACAUUUGUUUGAAACUUUGAACUUCUAUUCACUUUUUAGAAGGAAUUGCUAUUUUAAAAUAUAUUGGCUUAAUUCUACUUGGAAUUACUUACAGGCACAGAAUUCAGUCAGUACUAAUGAAGGAAAAAAAAAUAAUUUAUUUUCGUAAAGAUACCACCUGCCAAAGAGUUUGCUCUUUAGUGCAAAUAUUGACAAAUCAUCUAAUUACAGUAUUUUUUGAGAAUAUGUAUACAGUUCAGACAAGUGUAACUAAUUUAUUUCUCCAUCUCAAAAACUGCCAUUGAAAGAUGAUGUUUGACAUGAGUUUUUGCCAAGACUGCUCCUUUCUUUGGAUUAUUGGGCUCAAGCUAUGUGUCUGUACUCAAUUCAUAGUGCAGACUGUGACAGUGCAGUCAGUGACGGGGAGCUGGACUGCCACACUCAUGGAUCU